AUGCCAGCCCUUUCCCACCGCGGCGGGACGGUCCUCGUCACUGGAGCGACAGGGUUUGUUGGAGUUUGGAUUGUGAAAAAGCUCCUAGAAUCCGGAUACCAAGUCAAAUGCGCAGUCCGGAAUGAUUCAAAAGCACAACACCUGAAGAAUCUAUUUGCGAGCCAUCUUGAACAGUUGCAACUUACACCUGUUGGUGAUAUUUCCGACGAGGGGGUUUUCGACGAGGCUGUGAAGAAUGUCUCAGCCAUCAUUCAUACGGCCUCUCCCGUUCACAUGCGCGCCAAUGAUCCAGAGGACAUCAUCAACCCUGCAGUGAGGGGUACUCUAGGAAUACUAGAAAGUGCGCUACGAUAUGGGUCACAGCUGGAGCGUAUUGUGCUUACUUCCUCCUGUGCUGCUAUAUGUUCGCAAUCAGAAACCAAUAUUACCUUGUCCGAACUUGAUUGGAACGAUCCUUCUGUGCAAGAAUGCCGAGAAAAAGGGAGAGAGGCGCUUCCGCUGUCAAAGUAUUCAGCCUCAAAGGUAUUGGCAGAGAAAGCGGCCUGGCAAUUUUAUGAGAGACAUAAGCCUGAGAUCGCCUGGGACCUUACAGUGCUGAACCCACCUUGGAUUUUUGGGCCAACCCUACACGAAGUACCGGAUUUCACCGCCAUUAAUCCAUCGUGGAAGCUGUGGUUUAGAGCUGUGACACAGGGUGCCGAGGCUCAGUUGACGCGUCCUGGACAUGGAUGGGUAGACGUUCGAGAUGUGGCAGAAGCCCACGUCCGCUCCUUGGAAGUGGCGACUGCUGGAGGUGAGAGAAUUAUCAUCUGUGCCAGCCAGUUUGUCUGGCAAGACUGGAUUGUUGUUGCUGCCUCUAUGAAAAAUCUGAGAGACCAUUACAAAAUCGCAAAUCCUGUACAGGGUACGAUUAGUCGAGCAAUCCUGUUCGACUCUUCUAAACAGAAAGAGAUUCUUGCGAUUGAUUUCCACAAAAUGGAAGAUGUUGUACGCGACAGUCUGGAGAACUUUCAUGCUCGUGGCUGGGCCGUGUGA